CGACCUGCACGAAUACUCUCAUGUUAAUGACUUCACUGCACGCCAGCUUCUCAACCGACUCCGAACUCGGACCAAGUGCGAAGAAGAAGAAGAAGAAGAAGAAGAAGAAGAAGAAGAAGAAGAAGAAGAAGAAGAAGAAGAGGCGACUCAAGCAGUGGUCGAGGAGUUAAGAGUCCCAGCUGACAGUCAGCUGAUGGCAUUUGACAGUUGCGAAAAGUUGGCUUUCCGUGGGGCCACUAAUAUGUUAAUUAGCGCUGCGAGUGCGAGCGCCUAUUGGCUCUUCGUCCGAGUCAAUUUCCUCUUCCCAGCCUGACGUCAGGGCGGCUCCGGCGCUCUUAAACUCAUCUGCUCGUGUGAUCCCCUCGAAAACGUCGCCCCUGCCAGUGAGCGCCGCGCACCGCGAGGCUGCAUUCGCUCCCUCCCCCCUCCUCCCUUCCUCCUCCGCACCCUCGCGCCUGUUUUUUUUCUCUCUCUCUCUCUCUCUCUUCUCCCGCAAUGUAUUAAACGAAGAACACCCGUAAAGUGUUAAAUGUUUGAAAUACAAAACCGCCGAAUUCCAAAUGCUGAGAACGGAGCCCGCUACUCGCGCGCGCGGCACUGGCGUGUCCGCGCAGUAGACUCUGCAAAGAAAAACUACUCUGACGCGCCGGCAAGUCCGCGGCUGCUGCAAAAAGGACGCUGAAAAACCUCUUUAUUUUUUCUUCUUCUCCUUUUUUUUUUGACUCAAAACAAAACGCUUAAAAAUCAAAACUGGCUCACGUACUUCCCAACCAACCCAGUUUGACAGCUUCUCUGCACCCCACUUGGAGGACUGUCAGCAGCAAGAGGAUGGCAUCAGAGCUGGCAAUGAGCAACUCCGACCUGCCCACCAGUCCCCUGGCCAUGGAAUAUGUUAAUGACUUCGAUCUGAUGAAGUUUGAAGUGAAAAAGGAGCCGGUGGAGCCCGAUCGCAACAUCAGCCAGUGCAGUCGCCUCAUCGCCGGGGGAUCCUUGUCUUCCACCCCGAUGAGCACGCCGUGCAGCUCGGUGCCCCCGUCCCCAAGCUUCUCGGCGCCCAGUCCGGGCUCGGGGAGCGAGCAGAAGACGCACAUAGAGGAUUUCUACUGGAUGUCCGGUUACCAGCAGCAGUUGAAUCCAGAGGCGCUGGGCUUCAGCCCCGAAGACGCGGUCGAGGCGCUGAUCAACAGCAGCCACCAACUCCAGUCGUUCGAUGGCUACGCCAGGGGCCCGCAGUUUGCCGGCGCCGCCGGGGCAGGAGGCGCCAUGGCCGGGGAGGAGAUGGGCUCCGCCGCGGCGGUGGUGUCGGCGGUCAUCGCCGCGGCGGCCGCUCAGAACGGAGGGCAGCACCACCACCACCACCACCACCACCACGGCAACAGCCACCACCAGGCGGCCGGCGUCCAGUCCAACGGCACCUCUGGGACGGUCCACCCGCACAUGCGCCUGGACGACCGGUUCUCAGACGACCAGCUGGUCUCGAUGUCGGUGCGGGAGCUGAACCGGCAGCUGCGGGGGGUCAGCAAGGAAGAGGUGAUCCGAUUGAAACAGAAGAGGAGGACCCUAAAGAACAGAGGCUACGCGCAGUCGUGCCGGUACAAGCGGGUCCAGCAGCGGCACGUCCUGGAGGGGGAGAAGACGCAUCUCAUCCAGCAGGUCGAUCACCUAAAGCAGGAGAUCUCCAGGCUGGUGCGGGAAAGGGACGCGUACAAAGAAAAGUAUGAGAAGCUCAUCAGCAACGGCUUCAGAGAAAAUGGAUCGAGCAGUGACAACAACCCUUCAUCCCCGGAGUUUUUCAUGUCAUCGAGAAAAUUCCUCCAUCUGUGAUUUCAAGCCCCAAUCCUCCGUGCCCUUCCCUCUCCAAGAACCCAACGGCAGGGCAGUGAUGACAUCAAGGCGGCUGACCAAUCGUAGGAAGACACCUACAAAGCACAACAUUCAAAAAGGACUUCACUAAAAACAAAAGACCCACCGAGAUCCCUCGAAAUCCCUACAGUGGAAUGAUUGAGAGCCUCUUGAGCUCACGUUUCCUCCCUGAUAUUUUACCUCCAGCUUUUUUCUACAAAACACCAAAACGAUAAAAAGGACAGACUCAUGAGAUGGUUGAUAAUGUCAGAUAAAUUUGAAGGACUAUUUUCUCUCAGAUCGGAAGAUCAUUGAUGCAUGCCUAUGUAAAUAUAUCAUGAUAAAACCAUAUUCUUAUUCCUAAUAUAGAAAACAUACCAAGUCGCUCUCACCAACUUCAUAAACCACCAUAACUGUGGAUAGAGUACUCAUGGUUCAAUAUUUUCCAUAUGAAGUCAGUUUUCUUCCUGCUUCGUCAGAGACCAUGUAAUUAUCAUUUCCAAUAUAAUUCCUCUACUCUUGGGAGUUAUUUGGACUGUAAAGAAUCGUCUUCCUACUCUUCUUAUUCUCUUUACAUAACGGCCUUGUCUUCCUCUUGAAUAUCAACAGUAGUAGAUGUAUAUAGAGAUAAAUGAAGACAACCGCAUGGUACAGACUAUAGUGUUUAUUUACCACUCCCCUAUUAUAUCACAAAUCUCAACACAUUGAUAAUUCAGUCGACCUUUUUAGAAGCUUAACGUACUCCCGAUAGUUAUAGAAAAUAGUCCCAUGUGUCUGAACACUUUUCUUGUGUAUUUAAAUAUAUACAUAAAGGUAUUAGCUAUAGGCAAUAUUAUUUUACAAGAAUUCUAAGGCAGAAUUUCCUUUGCAAUCAUCAAUCUGUUCCAUCAGGAAACAAACGGCCUGAAGAUGAAAAAAACAAACCCACAAGUCAACUUGAGCACUGAUAAAUAUCACAUUUUAAUAUUUUAUUAUUUUUCUUUCCUAUACUUACGUAUUUAUUCUCGCAAUAAUUGCCCUCUCCCUUGUCCCUCCCUGUGGGUUGUAACUGCUGUGGAGAAUUUUCGGUCAACCAGUGAGCACCAACUUUUUCUUUGCAUCAUUGAAAACGGUGCUUCCAUCAUGAGCCCACACAUGGGGAAAAAAAAGAACGCCUCAUUGAUUGCAAUGCAGACAUGAGGACCCUCCAUCUUCUUUGGACUGCGAAGAUAACCAAAUGGACUGACAUAUAAUAUGCCGUGUCAAUGAAGGUACAUCCUCAUAUGCUACUCCAUCACUGGGGACGACAGAAAACCUUUGCAUGGACAACAGGGGAGAAAAAAAAAGGUUGUUGAACACCUCAUCUCCACCAACGUGCAUCCUCUACCUCUCAGCUUGUGCUGUGCAUCUUGGGAACCAUGACUUAUCAAUGACCCCUCUACUGUCCCUUCUAUUGCGAACUGCAUGCCCUCGGAGCGUCACGAGGAAAGUGUCCAUUCCACUGAUGGAUGCAUAUGUCACCGGGGCAAUACAAAACAAACACUGGUUCACUUUGACAGAAAAAUACUCCCGCAUACAAGCGCAUGCAUACAGAAACACAAUUAUACACAGCAUCACUCCAAUAUGUUGCUGUAUAUAUGUAAAAUAUAUCAACUAUUUAUAGUCUCAGAUGCUGUACUUUGCAUGUUGAGGAUAUUCGCCAUUGUCCAUAGAAGGGGUUGCGUAGGUGGGCCUCGUUACUGGAUUGACUGAAUGAGCCAAUACGAGCUCUUCGUCAGCUGGACGUCUCCCUCUUCGUCUUAAGAAAAUCUAGUUACAUGACAGAAAUUGUCACCACCCUGCCGAUAAAUUUAAACUCUUUGGAGGGACACACAACCUCGCUGUUGAUGUCAGGCAGAACCUGGCCAUGGCGAACAUGGGUAGGAGAAGAGAGGAGGGAAGGCAAACUGGGGCGCUCCAAUUAAGUGGCUGAACACAAAGUGGCAUGGGGCAAUCUGCCAGCAACUGUCCAUUCAUCCUAUGUCAAAGGGAUUUGCAGAUCUCAAUGAGUCUGUGCACUGCCAGAGAGAUGUCUGAGGGGACAGCAGCGAAACGAAGCAAGGCGGCCGAGAAGGGACACAAGAGGAAAAUAUACACAAAUGUAAGUUGUACUGAGCUUAUAGCAUAUUCUUUUCUGACCGGGCAGACUCCUUGGUGUUCAAUAACACCUCAACCUCACACUGUCACACCGUCAUGCGGCUCUCUGGGAUGUCAUGACCUCACGUCCUGUCUUAGGUUAACUUUGUGUUAAUGAGCAUGGCCAUUAGCUCAAGCAGAUGUUUAGCCCUGUGGUUAAAAACUUAUACCCUUACGUCCCAAUGGUCCUACAAUGCCUGCCCACAACAGCUGUACGCUUUUAAAGACACCCAGAAAAUCUUGGCAGAACAUGAUAAGUAGGGAUAAAUUAUAACGUUGUAUAACAGGUGUGUCCUUUUACACUUUGAACAAACUGAUCAAAACUCACCAUUUAUCAAGAAAACUUGAUUCCACCAGAAUACAGGAGCUGUAGAUCACUUAAAUUAAGUGACGCUUUGUGAAGCCAAUUUAUAUGACGAAAUACUCUCAAUCCAAAUACCGUCGGAGCGCAUGAGGGUAUUUACAGUCAACAUGUAAACAAACUUGAAAUAGGACUUAUGACUUAGACGUGAUUAUUCAAAGAAGAUUUAAAAUGCUGUAAGGAUGAAGACGUCACUCACGUGUGAUGUGCUCUAUGUGGUAGGAAACAAGACAUUGAGCAAGUGCUGAUCUUCUCUGAGCCUCAAGGCUUUCCACUUUCUUAGAAGUCAAACAAAGCUGCAUUUCGACGCAGCUGUAGCAAAUGUGUGACGGGCGGAUUUUCUCGGCUGCUCACUGCAAAUACUGCGUUGUUCUACCACGAUAGACAUGGCACCGUGGGUGCUUUUAUCGGGCAAUGACCCUGACCGGGGUCAGCGCGGGCACGUACACAUACAGAGAUGUACACAUGUGUGAAAGUGCACACAAACACAUAGACGCACAUGCUUGCUCAUUCUCUCUCUCUCGCACACACACACACAACCACCACGGUAAUCUAAACAGCAAGCCUGUAUGUAAACAGAUCUUCGACGUAAUGGGAUUGUUCAGUGUGCAAACAAUAAGCUGUUAGCGUAAUCACAGGUCAAAGAUAUAUUACCCAGAAGGCCACGCUGUUGGUAUAUUAACAUGAUGGAUACGUGGGAAAGAGGAAGGGGGCAGGGAGACGAAAGAUAUAGAGCACUACUGACUCAGAUUCACCCCCCUAUUGGGCCGCGUCCCCGGCGUCUUCCACGUAUGGGCCCCACUUAAUCAGCCUCUGACUCUCGGCUUCUUCCUUCCCCCCACUCACCUCCUUCAUCGACACGAGGUUCCUAUCUUUCUUUUCUCUGCUCACCUCAACCCCGUCAUUUGCUGUCUAUCUCCCAUUUCCCUGGACUAAUAUAACUGGUUUCAGCAAAGUUGCCCAUACAGCAGAGAAAGUCAGUUCCACAAAAUAGAUAUAACAGCUACGUAGUUGAUCUUCAUCUACCAAUGUCCAAUUUUCUUCACUUAACCAUGUUGAAAGGACCACGCUUGUGUAUCUCAAUGUUUAGCAGCAUACAUGUCCCAAUCCAGCAAAGAUAAAUCCUUUGUAGCUUAAUCCACUGUAGCUUAUUAACUUAUCUCCACUUUAUUUGAUUACCACCUAACCCAUUAUCUCAACUGGUUAAUAAGUAUUUGUCUUUCUGACUAAACACUCAGCCAUCACAGGCUGGCUUGUAUGCGUACUGGGUAUGUCUGUGGACCACUGGGGCGGAUGCACAUCAGGGCAAAGCGAGUAAACACAGAGGCAGAACACUGGUGAGAAAAACAACGUCUGAGACAGACAAUAGGUACAAAAGUGACCCGUCUGAUGAUGACAGUAACAGUCAAGACACACUGCAUCAUUGACUUUUGGCUUAAGAUGUGUUCAGAAUACGGUCGUAUAGAUGAUGAAAUGUAAAAAAAUAAACAGUUAUUCAAUUUGAACCAGGCUUACCAGUAACAAUUAUUUUAAUUUAAUUUUGAUAAGAAUGAAAACAUUUCAAACAAAGUUUGACGAAUAUUCAAAAAGCUCAAAUAUAAAUAUUAACUUCACAUUGCAUAGUUGUGUUGGUGGGCUGUGAUGGUUUACAGUGACCUCAAGCCAGACCUGAGGUACAGGCAGUCGGGUCAAAGGGGAAAGGAUUACAGUGAGGAAACCCGUUUUAAUCCUCACCUACAGCCGCCCAGAGUCCCUUAAAAAUGGAUUCACAUGUUUGAACUUAUAAUUUGUACACACUGACAUUCCUCACAUAAUUACUGACUUGCUUGGGUAUUUAGACUUGAGAAAUAAAAAAAACUUGAGAAAUGCUCAUAAUGAAUUGCAUUGAAACAUCAUAGAUUUAGAGAUUGACUGGAUGGUGGUUGUUCUAAUAGCCAGACAGAAGCAAAGAUAUAAAAGACCUCCUUAUGUCACAUAGUUAAUGGCGGGGAUGAAUAAUACAGCCCUUUAAAGCCUUUACUCCCACCUCAUUCUGGCCUGCGCAUAAGCUUGUGCUCUGGCUGAGCAGUUAGCCUUCAAGCCCCUCACUGAGAUGAGAUUGGCUCCCAAGACGAUUUGUAGGGGGGUCGGAGAGAAUCGGAUUAACCAAAAUGCCUCAAUUGGAGUAUAUGCUCUGGGCUGGUCUCAGUGUAAUACAAUUUCUAAAUGCUGUAAACCAAAACUGUUGCAUCUGAUUAGGUAAUGGAGGUGAACAGAUCCUUUUAGCAACUAUUAUCUGUGUUAGAAUAGCUGAAACCGUCAUGUGAGAGUAUCAAAAACAGACAAAUGAAUUGUAUUCAUAGCAGUAGGGUCUUUUCCAAAUACUCAAGUCGCCACUUCAGAAAUAAAUGAAAAGGGAAAAAGAUAAAUGUCCAAAAUCUGUGCUCAGGCAUUUCAGCCUGUGCACCACUUAGCUGUGCAGUCUGGGUUCUGACAGCUUGAUUUAGUUUCCUGCACCUGAGCCAGAAGAGAGAGACAAUUAACGGUAGCUAAACUAGACUGCAAUUUUCCGGGUUUGAAACACUAUUGAUGUGGCUAAUGUAUAUGGAAAAAUCAGAAUGGACUUUCUUGUAGCCAUACCAUGCCCAUUGUGAUCACGAUAAUACUGUAUGCACUCAGUGGGGGUCAGGUACACAGCGAAAUAAGAAAGGCGAUAGCCUUGAUUUGAUUUCCUCUGCCAUCUGAGGCUGGUUAUCCUUUGUGGGACAUAAGGGUUUGUCUUUGGGGUGUAAAAUAAAGAUUAAAGUGGCUCAAGGGACGAUGCUAGGAUACAUGCUGUUCCCCCUGCUGUGAACAGGGUGUAAUCCUUCAGUUUCAGAGAAGUGAAAAGUUUGCAGAGUGCAGAAAGUUAUGUAUACGUCCCUUCUGGACCCCCCACAGAGCAGAGUGUGAGAGACAGCAGGGGAUAACCAUAUGCUAUCAAAGUAUGCUUCAAAGCUCUCGACUUUAGUCCACAAAAUUAUACAGUAUCAUCACAUAUACCUGAAAAAUAUACAAGAAAAAUAAUUGUGCAGCUAGACAGCUAUUUUUUUCUUUCAACUAGCCAAGUCUCAACACUGUGGGUAAGCUCGUGAUUUUGUAUUUAUAUACUUUUACAUUACUGCUGCUGAUGGACAAUUAAACAUGCCCCCCCUUCUCUGUUAGCAGAGGUCAAGUUGUGCUAGCCCCUCAUUUCAAUUGUACUCUACUAAAUGUCCACAUUAUUUCCCACAUGGGCCUGGAUGAGAUGUUUGAUUAUCCAAAGGUGGGCCUUGGUUGGCUCCGUUAUUGUCUGAGGGGGUCGUAAGCUGCAGUAACUGCUUCCAGGGUCUUAUUGCUAUGGCUAUCAGCCCCUUGCCACUUGGCCUCUGUGACCCCAGUCAGAGAUAAGCUUUAUGGGAAAGCACAUUAACAUGCUCCUGCAGUCACCUCCCUCCUUUAUCAAAGGCAGUUCUGUGAAAUCCAGCGUUUAUGGACCCCCGGUGAGGGUAGAGUGCUGCUCAUUGCCUAUAUUACAGGUCGAGAGUAAAUGAGCAGGAAGUGGACAAAGCACCUGCACUAUUAGGGGAGUCAAGGAUGUUAUUCUGAUUGUAUUCAAACUAAAUGAGAAAUAUCUUCAAUGUCUGCAACACCCAAUGAACUGGAUUAUAAAUACUAGCUGCGGUCUAAAUAUAUCCAUGUCUUCCAACCUUUCUAAAAUACACUACCAUAACAUAAGGGAAGUAAAAUGUGUAAAUAGAUGUGAUGCAGCAUUACAUUUGAGUUGUUUAAUGUGUAUAUACAUUUUCUUUACGGUCUUCCUCUUUGUGUUACACUAACUACUGAUCAUGUCAAUUCAGUGGUCCAACGGAUGUAUUUAUUUUUUCUGCAACGUGUUAUGUUGAUACGGGCAUUUUUCUGUGGCUAUGAACGACACCAGGAACAAAAAGUAAAUGAAAACACUGAUGUUUCAGUAGUGUGUUCCUGCUUGAAGGCUCAUCACUGGUGAAAGAUCCUUUCAGUAUGUCUGCAAUGAUGGAUGGUGAUAGCCCUCGUGUCUUUGUACACAUUGAGGGCCCUACUGUUGUCACUGGACGGGUACAGGGAGCGAAGAAGAGAAAGAUGUAGCCGCAGCUUAAUGUCCUUCUCCGGUGCUGUGCAUACUCUUUCCUAUUUGCUUUUCCCUUCACGGCACGGUUAACAUCGUAAAUUAACCUUUCCAAGCCCCCUUGCGCUCAGAGACUGGUGCGCAAUAUAGACAAGGGGAGAAAAAAAAUAGAUCUGUGUUAUGCAAUGCAGUGCCAGUGGUCAGAGACGUAGCUUGUAACACAAUUGAGCUAUUCAUUUUUCAGUGAUAACGAACAAAACACCACGUGUUCUUCAGUCAUGCAAACAUUCUAUUUCAUGUGCAUGUCCUGUGUACUCUGCAGAUUGGUAUGAGGCUUCUUUUUGUUCUCCAUCUUAGAAAUGUAAAUGAAACACAUGAAAAGAAAAUGUAUUGUAGAUCCUUCUCUUCUUAGUUCAAGUGUGUAAAUAGGAUGUAAAUAUCAAACAGCUAUGCAUGCUAAUAUACAAGCAAUUUGUUCAGGUACUUUUGUAACCGAGACUUCUCAUAUGGCAUGUAAUAAAAAAUGAAAAAAAAUCAAACAUCGAAAUACAUAAUGAAUUGUGAACGCAAAUAUGGUUUGUAAACAACUUCAAAACUGGAAAAUAUAUGUCUUUGCUGUUAAUCUUUUCUUACUGAUAACUAACGCAUUGGCCUGCCAUUUACUACAGUGCUCUGCUCAUGUUACUCGUUGUCCUUUUUUAUGUUUCAUAAAGGAGGGCUGAGGCAAAAAUGACCAUAAAUCAGUAAUUUGUGGGAUUGUAGAUGAGGGAAAGGAUGGCAGUGUGACCACACUCUUUGUAGUUUUUGCAUUGCCACUGCACGUUUACAUGCAUAGGCGUAAUGUAUUAAUAACAUUUUCUUAGUGUCUAAGCCAGCCAACCAAAUUUAAUGGUAAAACUGUUGCUUGAUUUUGGUUAUCUCACCAAAAAGACGUAUCACCAGCUCUGAAGUGCGCCGUUAUUUUUAAAUGGCAAAAACCCCAACACACUAUAAAACAGGUUCAACAAGCAAUUUGGACUCAUUCCAAAAUCAAAAAAUUAUGAUUUGCACGUAGGGACAUUUAGAAAUGUUUUCUUUUUUCAAUGUUUUCAGUUCAAGUGACAAUAAUUAUCUAUAUGCCAAAUUUGCCUCUGCCCUUGCAAAUCUAAUGCGGCAUUUUAUGAAGACAGUGAUGGAAAAAGGAUGGAGAAAUCUGUUUGGUUUCUAAGAGUGUUUAUUUUCAACCAUGUUAGAACCAUGUUGUAUCCCAAGGCGCUCAUGGUAGAUGCAAGUGUCUAAUUUUUAACCUGUGCUAAAGAUAUUUUAAAUUUAAUAAAUAAUUAUUGUAAGAAGAACA